UAUAAGUAAUUGCGGACCUCGUUAAGUGUUCAGUAUUUCAUAUCUAUUAACAGGCGCAAUGGACGUUUUUUUCAGGGUGGCGUUGCUGUUUGUAUUAAUUACAGAGAGUGUGAGUAUAGCCAGCCUUUGACUGCAGCGAACAAGACGCCAACCUUACGUCUACUGUGGUCAACUAUCGAGCUUCUGAUAACUGCGCUUCUUUCAGCAGAAUUUUUCGAGCAUUACCAAGCGAAAGGAUUGUCGUUUUUGCGUCACAAUUGGGGCCUAACAUUACUUGUUCGAUUAAAGAUGGAGCAACCGGCAUUUCACCACAGCUUGGUAUAAUCGGUGUUGGGGAACAUAGGCUGUUUUCGACCACUGCGAAUACCAUGGGAAUAUUUUGUCAAAUAAUUGGCUCCAAUCCAUCAAUUCGCCUUACAGUAACAGCCUUUGACCCAAUGGCCUGCUUAACAAUUGAUGCAUUUAUUGUCGCCGGCAACCCAGUUGAUUACGGUAACUAUAACGGGAUAAACAAUUACCCAAACCGUCAGUUUUGCCGAUGGAAUGUUAAUGCUGCAAACGUCCAGGACAAUUGCAACUUUACGUUUACAAACUUCGGUAGCUCAACUUUACCUGCUGGGGACUUUGUCACGAUAACCGACAGAGCGACAGGGAGAGGUUUCGUGAAUCCACUUACCGGGACCCACAGCAUCAACAGCACGGCGCUAUCAAUGUACUUUCUCAGUGAUGGCAGUGUUACUGGGUUGGGCUUUAACUUCAACUUCGCACGUUGCAACCAAUUGUCUCUUGUUACCCAAGGCCCAACCCAAAACUCAACCCAAGGCUCAACUCAAGGCCCAACCCAAGAACCAACCCAAAACUCAACCCAAAACUCAACCCAAGGCCCAACUCAAGGCCCAACCCAAAGCCCAACCCAAAACUCAACCCAAGAACCAACUCAAGGUCCAACCCAAGGCCCAACCCAAGCCCAACCCAAAAUCAACCCAAGGCCCAACUCAAGGCCCAACUCAAGGCCCAACCCAAAACUCAACCCAAAACUCAACCCAAGGCCCAACUCAAGGCCCAACCCAAGGCCCAACCCAAAACUCAACCCAAAACUCAACCCAAGGCCCAACUCAAGGCCCAACCCAAGGCCCAACCCAAAACUCAACCCAAAACUCAACCCAAGGCCCAACCUCCGCUUCUGCCACUACCCCUGUUCUUCCACCGAUUGUUUGUUCAAUCUCGCCAAGUUUUAACCUCAGCAGCGACAUGUUGCGGAUGUUAAACGCCAGUUCAACCGACCAGCUCAUUAUUUCACCAACAUACGUUGAAGACAUCAGCACAGUCUCAUCCAAGUGUAAAGCUCUUGGCAGUCAACCAACCUUCCAUUUUAAUCUGACUGACUGUCCGGCAGUUUACAAGUCAAACGGGACACACUUGUCUGUUACGUACGUUAUACGUAAUAAAGCUGGCUUUAACCGGCCCUCGGUAGUUCAAAGAUUCAAAGACAUCGCAAUGAACAUUACAUGUGAUUUCAAAACACAAGAAAUGAUCAAUUUCGCUCAAAUAAUCCCAGAAAUACAAAAAAUUCAAGUUUCCAAACAUCAGUUCGUGGACGGUUCGACAUCGACUUUGGGUUCUACAAUUCCAACAGUUUCUCGGUGAAACUCGCUGCACGGACAAUGUUAGCCGACCGAACCC